CCUACAGUACACGGAGAGGGCCGCUUAUUCUCUAUUCAGAGGACCUAGCCUUGUCAUACCAAACCUGCCAGGUUAACAGGAAGAGAAAGGCACCUACCGGCCCAAAACAGGAAGUAGAGUAUCUACACACACUGCAAGACCUGACCGGAGCUAUCUUGGCUUAUGGAAAAAUGCAGUCAAUAGCUGGAUCUUUUGCCGGUGUAACACACCCUUUAAUACCAGAUACUAAACAUGCCAGCCAGCACAUCCACGAGCCUCAGACAACAGGAGAAAAGUGCUAUCAUUUAAGCCAGAGUAAAGCAGGAAAAGGAGGACAGGUCCCAUACCAGCCACAUUUUCUCUGUUCCCCUCGACCCUGCAGGGCAACCCUGGGCCCUCUACCUCCCAUAACAACAGGUUUGUUACAUGUACAAGGCCAGGAGACAACUCAUCUUGACUCAGAUUCUCCCAGAUUUCAUUGACCACACUAGGGAUCUUAAUGGUCGUAAGAAACUAGGUCUGGUGGAAAAUAAAAAUGAUGUUGGAGAGAUGUGCACUCUGAGGUCAGUGUAUGUAGACUCAUCUUUGGAAAGCUGCCCACUCUCAAGGCUCAACUAUUAUGGUGGACACAUGGAAGGAUUUCACCAGAUCAGACAUUGUGGCGGUGAAACUCAGAUGAGGAGAGUGACAGCAGAUACAGAUCGCAGCCUCACUAUCUCUCAUUUACCUCACAUUAAGACAAACCCAAUGCUCAACUCAGCUUCUGACUUUAGCACUUUAACAAUGAAUAAACCGAAAACAAUCAACAUGGGAAGCUGUGAGACUUCACCACAACGAGAACUAAAAGUACAUCUCCCUGACAUCACACUUGAGACUACGCAUGUUAAACACCCUGAUAGAAGUGUGCACAGCAAAGUGCUGGUCCUUCUGCCUCCACAAACAGAAAUCACAGAGAUCCCUGCACUAGCUGAUGAACUGCAUGGGACCCUCACUGAAAACAGUAAGCCUUGUGGUGACAAGGAGCUUACAAAAGAGGCCCUCCAAAAAAGACAGGACCCUUCCUCUAACAGCAAGUGCAGGAUUAUAGAGAUGGACCUAGGGCGUGUUGUUUGGUCCAAUGCUCCAGAAAAGAGGGGUCCACUUCCCCCUCUGAUGGGUCGGAGGGGUCCAGGUAAACAGAGCUCAAUGGCUGUCUACAGUCAGAGUGUACAGGAUCCUGCAGACACAGAAGAAGCACAGACAGGAAACAUCAGAGGCUGUCUCCCUCCAGAGUUGAGAGAAAGGCAGGCUGGUGAAGCAGCAGGCACCUUAAUAAUGGGUCCUGAUGGUGAAAUCAUACGCUCGUCUCACUGGGAUCCUGCGGUUGACACUGAGGACCACCCAAUAAUGAAUGAUGUCACUCAAAACCAUGUUCUUAAAGUUGUGACUUCUGAGGAGGAUGUGAAACAGCCUUGGAUGAUUCUUAUACAGGACUGUACAGAAGAUGAAGGUAUCCACGGACAGAACUUCUGACGAGUCUCCUGACCAGGGGAAUAGCGGCGGUUGGAAGUCGAGCACGCACUGGAAUGGAGUAAGACCCAUGGCCUCCUGGCGGAGUGAGUUCUGGGCAUACUCGGCCUAAGGCAGAUACUGACUCCAACGGUCCUGACAGUAUGCACGUAGAUAUCGUCCGAUCUCCUGGAUCUUAUGUUCUGUUUGGCCGUUCGUCUGUGGGUGGUAGCCCGAGGAGAGGCUGAUAGAUACCCCCAGUAGCCGGGAGAAGGCUCUCCACACACGCGAAGUGAACUAUGAACCUCUGUCAGAGACUAUGUCCUCGGGCAAGCCGAAGUUGUGGAAUACCUGAUGAAACAAGGCUUCAGCGGUCUCCAGGGCGGUGGGCAAACCUUUCAGAGGGAUGAGUUUACAGGCUUUCGAGAAUCGGUCGACGACUACUAGGAUCAUGGUAAAACCUUCUGAGCUGGGUAGGUCUGUGGCAAAGUCUAUGCCUAUGUGUGACCAUGGUCUUUGUGGUAUCGGGAGCGGCAUUAGCUUACCCUUGGGAGUCGAUGCGGUGUGGUGGACAUCGCACAAACUGAACAUCCCUUGAUGUAGUGGUGAAUAUCCUGGUGCAUGUGUGGCCACCAGUAUCUGCCUUGAAGCAGGGAGAGAGUUUGUUGAUGGCCUGGGUGACCAGAUCCCGGAGACGUGUGUACAGAGUCCAGGAGGGCGAGUCGGGGGGAGGUAGGCACGUAGACUUUUUCUCCCGGCAGGGCAGGUUCCUCUGGGGUAGCUUGGGUGAUCUCAUCAUCUAAUGCCCAUAGGAUAGGACAAACAAACACAGCUGGAGGGAGGACAGUUUCAGGUAAUUCCGUAGGCGGAUCGGGUGAGUGAAUUCUGGACAGGGCGUCGGCCUUGGUGUUCUUAUAUCCUGGUCUGUACGUGAGGGUAAGGUGGAAGCGGGUGAAAAAUAAUGACCAGCGGGCUUGUCUUGGAUUUAAACGUUUGGCCUCACUCAGAUAUUGCAGGUUCUUAUGAUCGGUGAUGACUUGGGGUGUUUGGCUCCUUCCAACCAGUGAUGCCAUUCUUCUAGGGCUAACUUUAUGGCAAGCAGUUCACGGUUGCUGAUAUCAUAAUUCUGCUCUGCCGGGGAUAACUUCUUGGAAUAAUAGGUGCAUGGAUGGAGUCCCCCAUAUUGUGACAGGACCGCUCCUACCCCCACCGUGGAGGCAUCCACCUCCACCACAAAUGGAAGGUCAGGGUCUGGAUGGGUAAGCGUGGGGGCGAUGCAGAAGGCCUCUUUCAGGAGAUAGAAAGCUUUGACUGCCGCAAUUAAUAAUUUUACCGGGUUUACCGGUAAUUUUACCGGGUUUCUUUUUGAGCAGGGAUGUGAGAGGUGCUGCGAUUUGGCUGUACUGAGCGAUUAAACUGCGGCAGAAAUUUGCAAAUCCGAGGAACUGCUGGAGCUGUUUCAUGGUCUGAGGUUGUGGCCAGUUGCGAACUGCCUCUACUUUCCCCCGGUCCAUGCAAACCCCUUGUGGUGUGAUGACAUAACCCAGGAAAUGCACAGAUGUUAGAUGGAACUCACACUUCUCCUUCUUUAGGUAGAGGCAAUACUCAUGGAGGCAUUGUAGUACCUGAAGAACAUGAUGUUGGUGAGUCUCGAGAUCCGGGGAGUAUAUAAGGAAGUAAUCUAUGUAUAUUAUUACGAACUUGUGUAGCAUGUCUAGAAAGAUCUCGUUCAUGAAAUUUUGGAACACGGAGGGGCUGUUGAAUAGACCAUAUGGCAUGAUGUAGUAUUCAUAGUGACCGGCAGGAGAAAUGAAGGCCGUUUUCCACUCGUCACCCUUCUGGAUUCGGAUCAGGUUGUAGGCACUUCUUAGGUCUAGUUUGGAGAACAUUUUAGCCCCUCGAAGCUCCUCUAAGGUGAUGGGCACCAGGGAAAGGGGAUAGGCGAAUUUUACAGUUUGAGAGUUUAGAUGGCGAUAAUCGAUACAGGGUCGAAGUCCUCCAUCCUUCUUUCUGACAAAAAAGAAACUGGAGGCGGCCGGGGAUGUUGAUGGGCGGAUAAAUCCUUGUGAGAGAGCGUCUGUUAUGUGCUCUUCCAUGGCUCAUGUUUCCGGGAUUGAGAGUGGGUAUAUACGACCUUUCGGCAGUGUGGCUCCAGGUAGCAGGUUGAUUGCACAGUCCCAUGGCCGAAAAAGAGGAAGUUUGGUGUUGAGCUAACCACGGGCGUCCCAGGACGAUAUCUACGGUGGCAGCCUCCAACACAAGAAAUGAGAUUUCCUCUUCAUGAUUAUGAGGUAGUCGUAGUUUUAGAGGGGGAGUGCAGGAAGUCACCAUGCCCCGGCCUAGCGGUUCUCCUUGAAUAUUGAUGAUUUGGUAGGUUGUGCGACUCUUGAUACUGGGAAUACUGUGUGGUUUGAGUAAACGUGAGGAGAUAAAGUUGCCAGAGAAUCCCGAAUCCAGGAGGAUUUUUACUGGAACAGAUUUUUGGGCAAGAAUCAACAAACGUCUUGGUUACGGAUGUAACCUUGGUUCCCUGAUGGAGGGAACGAGACGUUGUGUCGAACCGACAGAAUGGGGUUUGUCUUGAGAACCUAUCAUCUUCUGAGUAUUUAGAAAAGGCCAAUGAAAAUUGGCAAAUGAAAUUUGCAUGCCGGGCUCCUCCCCGGAUGCUCAUUCAUUCACCUGUUGGUCUGAGGAGCCUAAAGCAUCCUCCCCCGACCGCUGGGGUGGGCGGCCAGUGUUGUGGCAUGAGGGACACAACGUCUCGUUCCCUCCAUCAGGGAACCGAGGUUACAUCCGUAACCAAGAUGUUCCCUUUCUGUCAGUCUCUCGACGUUGUGUCGAACCGACAGAAUGGGGUUCCUAUGGAAAAGGCCAAAGCAAUGAGCCGUGUCACAAUCUCUGCAGAGCGACGUUGACUGGCCUGGGCGAGUCAGACGAAGACACUAACGCGAAAAUAUGACCCUCCAGUGGAGAGGAAGGGGGACCCAGAGCUUUACACAAAGUUGGGAAGCCCCUGUCACCGGCCGUCACGGGCGGAGGCCUAGUUCUCUAAAUGGCGAGAAGCCGUCCGGCACCGUACGGGCCACUGGGUAAGCAUUAUUCCCCCCUGGGGGAAAAACGCUGCAGAAGCCACUACCUACCGUAGGGAGGAAUUAGUGGAGACACCACAUGGUCUCACCAUCAGGGGAGAACUCAUGGGAGGAAUGUGAAGACUGAAGGAGUUAACCGCAAGGUGGGAGUCCACCUGGGGAGGUCAUGGGUUGCCAAGGUGGGAACCAUUCAUGAGGAUACAUCAGACGGAACAGCCCACGGAGGGGGGGUUACCACGUCUGGAGCACUAGGUCCGGUUAGAGCUAUGUGGGAGAUAACUCAACUGUUCCCCGGCCUAAGGGGGCAGGGCUGCUCUGCCCAGCCUGUCCCCUGGAACGGUGCUUAGUGAUGGAUGGAAUGCCUGUUCUUUACCCGAGGGGAAAGAAGUGAGGCGGGAUCGCCACUGCUCCCCCCGGAGGGGGAAGGGCUUCCGCAGGCGUACGCCCUACCGGCUGCUGGUCCCACACCUUGCCAGGAUGCGGGCUGACACCGGUUCCGCGCGUAGGUAUUAGAACCUCACGGAGUUGUUGGGCAUAGCCCAACCCGCAGCUCUGCAGAUGUCUGCCAGAGAGGCGCCCUGAGCCAGUGCCCAUGAGGGGUGUGCCUCACUCCCAACGGGCAGGGGCGAAUUGAGAUCGGUAUGCCCUAACGAUCCACGAUCCAGUGCGCCAGCCUCUGUUUGGAGACAGCCCUCCCUUCUGCUGACCUCCGAAACAGACAAAGAGCUACUCAGAGCUUCUGGGCUCUGCGUGCGGUCCAAGUAGAGGCGCCGUGCACGUACUGGACACAACACGGAUAGGUUGGGUCUUCCUCCCUGGUGGGGAGCGCCUGCAGGUUCACCACCUGGUCUCUCGGGAGAGUGGUGGGAACCUUGGGCACGUAGCCGGGCGGGGCCUCAAGAUAACGUGAGAAUCCCGGCCCCGAGUUCUAGGCAAUCUGUGGACACGGAGGGUGCUUGUAGAUCCCCUACCCUCUUGGAGGUGAGCGCCAUGCGGAAAGCCAUCUUUAUCAAGACUGAGAAAGAGCGGCAACCCCGAGAGACUCGAAGGGUGCGGGGCCUCUUGAGGCCCGCCACCUAGGUCGCAAGAGGGUACGGAGCGCGGAUAAGGUGGUCACCCUCUCGCGCCCCUUAGGAACCUAAUGACCAGGUCGUGCUGUCCCAGAGGCUACCCAGCACUUGGGUCAUGAUGAGCGGACAUAGCGGCUACAUACAUUCCCAGUGUGGAGGGGGAGAGGUUACUCCCCAGUCUCUCUUGAGGACGGGACAGCUCGUACCCGACAGAGCAACUCCGCGGGUCUUCUCGCCGAGAAGAGCACCAGGACGAGAAGAGGUGCCACCUAUGGGCGUAUAGCCGCCCAGUGGCCAAAGCCCUAGCCUGAGUGACGUCCCAACCAGACCGGGGGUGGGUCACUCAGGAUCUCCUCGUCCCGUCCAGACAUGGAGACCAGGUUCUGCCUGGGAUGCCGUAACGUGCCCCUUCCCUUGGGGAAGCAGUUCGCCAGGGGGAGCGGCCAGGGGGGAGUUGUUGUCAGAGCCUUAGCUCCGAGAACCAAGUCCUGGUUAGGCCAAAGGGGGCGUAACUAGUACCACUUGAUGCUCCUCUUCCCUGGCCUUGCACAGGACCUGUGCAAUGAGGCUCACUGGGGGGAAGCGUACUUCCGCUUGUCCCACGGCCAGCUGUGUGCAAGGGCAUCCGUGCUAAGGGUUGCCUCGGACAGAGAGUACCAAAGCGGACAAUGGGUGGAGUCCGGGGAGGCAACAGGACCACCUGUGCCUGGCCGAACCUCUCCCAAAUGAGCCGGCUGCGCGGGGAUGGAGUCGCCACUCUCCGCGACGCGGAGCAUCAGCUGUCUGGUUCAGGAUGCCUGGGAUGUGUGUGGCUUGCAGGGAACUGAUCACCUGCUGACUCCAGAGGAGGAGGCGCCGGGCGAGUCAUGUUCGACCGGACCAGCACGUGCUUGCCCUGCACGAGAGGUAGUAGCCUCCUCAAUGCAAGUAGCACAACCAACAACUCUAGGCAGUUAAAAUGCCAAUGCAGGCGGGGGCCCGUCGACCGCCCCGACACUGCUUGCCCGUUGUACACGUCACCCCAACCCCAAGGAGGUCAUGGAGACCAGUGGGUUAGGGUGUGUCGGCAGAAAAGCGUGUGACCAUACGCCUGCUGCCGGUGUGCCACGCUCUCCAAGGAACUUGACUCUGUAGCCAGUGUUGGAGCGGUUUUAUGUGCAUUGACCCGAGGGGGACCACCCCCGCCGAGGAUGUCAUGUAUCCCAGGAGCCUCUGAAAUUGUUUCAGGGGGACUGCUGACUGUCUGAAAGCUUCAGGCAGUUCAACACUGAUCGGGCGCGCUCUGUAUGUCAGUCGCACUGCCUCUGGGAGGCCGUGUGGGUGCGGGCUUCUUUGUCGCGGGUCUCGCGCCCCCCGCGGGGGGUGAGCGGGGCCGCUCAUGAGGACAGAGUCGAGUUCCCUACCGAGAAAGAGGAUGCUCUGCACCGGGGAGAGCUUGCUCUUCUCAGUUGACCUGUAGCCCCACCGAUCUAGGUGCCGGAGUACCAGGUCCCUGUGUGUACACAACAGAUCUCGAGAGUGCGCCAAACUGAGCCAGUCGUGGAGAUAGUUUAGUACCCGCACACCUCCUUCCCUGUGGGGAGACAGGGACAGACCGAAGGGGAGGACCCUGUACUGAUAUGCCCAUCCCUCGAACACGAACCGUCGGAACGGCCGAUGUCGAGGGAGGAUCGAGACAUGAAGUACGCGUCCUUCAGGUCGAUUGCCAUGAACCAGUCCUGACACCUGACGGACGUCAGGAUGCGCUUCUGCGUGAUCAACCUGAAAGGCAGCUAUUGUGUAGGUGCCUUUUCAGAACACACAGACCCAAGAUAGGGCGCAACCCCCUGCCUUUCUUGGGGACAAUGAAGUACAGGUUGUAAAACCCGUUGAACAUCUCGGCUGGUGAGACGGGCUCGAUCACUCCCUUCACCAGAAGGGUGGCGACCUCGGCCCGAAGUACGGGAACAUCCUAGCCACUGACUGGGGUAUAUCGGAUGCCCUGAAACUUGGUGGGCGUGAGGCAACUGGAUCUCGUAGCCGAGACGGAUCGUCUUCCCUAGCCAGCCUGACAGUCUGGGAAGCCGGACAGGCUCCCAGAAUGAGACGGGGACUAAAGGUACGACCUUUUUCAUCGUCCCCCGGGGGGUGGUUCGAUGGCUAGCUGUACGGAUUCCUUGCCGGGGGAGGUCCCCCGGGGAGGAGAUCGGCUCUGCUGUUUUUCCUGCCUGGCGACUGCGCAGCUCAACGCACUGUCUGACUGAGGGCUGGUGUUUAUACUCGACAUUGCGCUUCGCCAUGACGCAACGUCGAGUUUGCCGUUCACCAUCGUGCAGAGGGUGGGAGCGGCUGUGAUAACCCAGAGAGAGAGGAAACUCUCCUUUUUUCAGAGUAAGUGGGCGCUAGCCCCCCGGAGGGGGCCAGCAGAUGAACAGAUGGGGCAGGAUCCGUCCCUAUCCGACUUCCCAGCGAUGUGGCUGAGGUCGGGCCCAAUGGUAGCCUCGAUCCCCUUGAGGUCUUCCCAUGAGGGCCGCUUCACCGCAGCUGCUGAUGGGGCGAUGGUCUCCUCUUUGCUGUCUCCUCCAUGGGGGGCCGCCUGAGUGGGGGGCGCCAGAGAUGGAGGGCGUCGAAGAGGACCAGGGCUGCUGGGAAGCAGACAGUGCACGGGACUCGACGGCCGAGGCGGCCGAGUCACGGCAAGGAGGACUGCUUCUUUACUAUCGAGAACCCUCCGGGGGAGGCCGCGUGCGGGUCUCGCGCCCCCCGGCGGGCGGGGGUGAGCGGGGCCGCUGCGGCUCGACAGUAACACCAACCAGCCCCCCCUUGCGAGACGGGUGCGUCGAGAAAGCGGACAUUCUCGGCGUUACUCAUCUGCGCAAGUAUAGGCCAGAGGAGUUUCUCAUGGACCACAAGUGUGGACAUCGUCCGACCCAGGGCCCGCGUGGUCACCUUGGUCGCCCGUAGAGCGAGGUCGGUGGCAGAGUCGGUCUUACCCUCGUGGAGCUCUCUCAACGCCCUGGCCUGGCAGGAGCCAUAGUGUGGAGAGAGGAGGCAGCUUGGUCCGCCGCAAUGUAAGCUCUCGACACCAGAGAUGCCGAGACACCACAUGCUUUGGACGGGAGUCUAGGUCGAGCCCCCCCCAGGUGGCACCGCCUACGGGCACGAGUGCACCGUGGCGGCAUACUCCACCUGGGGGACAAUGACGUAUCCUCCAGCUGUCUCAACCUCGAAGGAAGAGAGGGUGACGGAACUUUGUUUGACAUGAAACGUGCCGGAAAGGGGCGUUCCAGGUCUUACUAAGUUCCUCAUGCACUUCCGGUAAACACGGCACUGGGGGCGGGCGGGGCUUGAAGCCGCGCUCAAACCCGAGGCGCCAUGUAGCCAGCCGAGAGUGCCGGGAAAGGCAGUGCGGGCAAGCAUGGCUGACAUUUCGACGUCCGCUUCUUCCUGGGCUCGAGCCCCCGAGGGAGGGAGCCCGUGGAAUCGUUGGAUGGCAGUACGUCACCCCCCGAUGCUGCAAGAGACAUCUCAUCAUCACGCAUCGUGUCCGAAUACGUGAUUGAGGAAUAAGACGGCGGACCGUCUCCUGGGGAACGGUCAGACGAGUGAGACGAGGUGCAAACGGUCCGUGAGCCAGUGGCUGGCAGAUUAUCGCUCACAGUAAUCCUCAUAUCACCCUCGCUGCUUGCCGUAGCGGACGGCAGGGCCGUAGUCCUGCCGCCACGGAACGGGGAGAAAACGAGGUGGUGGCUGAGUCCCGUGGGAACACAGCCACCCAUGACGCAACGUCUGAAUCAUCACCGCCCGCAGUGCGGGCAGGACGUAUCCACAACGUCUGCCCCAGCGUACUGGAAGCAGGCAUCGUGUCCGUCCCCCUCCUCGAUGAGUGUGUUGCACCCAUGAGAACAGCGGGACAUGCCACGCUGGAGAAAUUUGCUCUUUUAAAAAGGAAAUUUGCUCGAAUACCUCCGGAACUGCCGAGACGCCCAUGGGAGAGUCACUGCAGGAAGGGACCGUCUGCUGUCCACGUCGUAGAUUCCAGCAGAAAAAUGAUCACCGAAGAUCGUAGAGAAGCUCAUCAGAUGCGUAGACUCUGAAGAACAAAAGGUGAAUGAAUGAGCACGCCGGCUUCCCUCUUAUACCCGGACAUCCAGGGAGGAGCCCGGCAUGCAAAUUUCAUUCGCCAAUUUUCAUUGGCCUUUUCUAAAUACUCAGAAGAUGAUAGGUUCUCAAGACAAACCCCAUUCUGUCAGUUCGACACAAUGUCGAGAGACUGACAGAAAGGGAACCAUCGUUAUGCAGAAUAUUCAUGGCUAUAUUGUUUACAUGUAUGGGACUCACCAGAGAUGUUGGAGGACGUACGGGGCAGGUGCUGACGACAUGUCCUUGGCCGCCACAAUACAGGCACAGGUUGAGCCAUUUGCGUCUGUCCUUCUCCGCACGCGAAAGAUGGUACCUGUCCAUCUGCAUCCUUCUUUUUAGUGAACCGGUGGAACCAGUUCAGCUGAAUCGUUCCCGUUUAGCGUCUCGCGUAAACACUUAAUAUUAUCCUCAAAUUAAUUCAGUUAUUCACUUUCUGGCGUGCAUGACAGUCCUGCGAACUUGAACCAAUAUACCAGAGUUAUUUAGUUACAACAACAGCACACACUGAACUGAACUGCUGUGUGAAAAGAGAACUUAUGAGCACGCGCAGCUCUCGUUCUAGAGUCGAGAGUCGGCAAAAGUUUCCAGAAAUCCUUUGAGUCCACGAAGCAAGUGUUCUGGUAACGUGAGGCAAGCAACAUUGAGACCGGAUGCCUGUGAGCUUGGAGGUGAGAGAAUUAUGUGUGUAGUCUGAUGGGGAACAGGUGUCGGUAAUUAGAAUUCUGGUGAAUGGAACGGGUGUGCGAAACUGGAAAUCUGGAGUCUGAGGGAGGUGUGGCUGGUGGAUCCGUGACAAUACCAUGAUGGUGAUCCAUUUUUAUACAUUACUAAAUUAUCUAUUCAGUCAUUGUUUACUAUAGCUCUUGUAAAUCCUUUUGAUGCUUUUGAUUUUGCAAAGAACCUAAUGAGAUGAAAAGUACUCUAAGGCAUGUUAGGACUACAGAAUGGCCAGACGUGUAAGUCAUCGCUUUUAAAUCAUCCAUUAACAGACACUAGUGCUGCAGACAGCUCUUUACGUUAACCUAACACCAAAUGCAGAUACAUGUGUCAUUGGGCUUAUUCUAGGAUGUUUUAUGCCUGUCUGUCUCGACACUGACAACGUGCUAACAAGUUGUUCACUGAAAAUAGCAAAGAGUAUGCAGAGUUUCCCCACAGCAUUCUGGGGUGUCUGGAAUGCUGGAGGGGGGGGGUGUUCAUUACAGAUAGAGCUUCCUCCAGAAAAGAAGAAGAAAGAAGAAAGACAACAAUAUUCCUCUUCUCAGAGCUAGACUUAUAAGUCCAUUUCUUCCAUCCUAUAUGUAUGAUUUCAUUUCUUUU